AUGGGGGAGCACGAGUCGGACGACGAGACGGAUACGUCCGUGAGCGAGCUUUCUGCUUAUGUCUCUGCGGAGAGUUCGCCUAUGGGGAGUAUCUUGUUUGGGUGUGCUACAAGCUUCGAGGGGGCUGGGGGAUGUAAAGAAGAAGAGAAGUAUAAGAGGGCGGAAGAGCUGAGAGAAGCGAUGACAAGCGCGCUCUUAUGCUGCCGUCUUUCCAACGCUUCGCUCCAUUCCCUCCCUCAGGAAACCGAACCCCUCUCUACACACUCCCCUCCCCUUCCCCAGCGCGAAGCCCGCCAACCCACACGCGUCAGGACCCAGUCGUGCGGUGCCAAACGCCCCAUGGUCGGGCAGGGGCAGCAGCGCGAAGAGGAAAAGUGGCGCAAGGUGGAAGGGGACGAAAAAGAUGUAAAGAUGGUCGUUGAAGAAGCUGUCGAUAAUGGGGUUCUACUCUCUCCCUCCGAGAGCGCGAAAGCGUCUGUUUCGACGGCGCAGGGUGGGCGGAUGUCUGCUUCUGUGCCCGCCUUGUCACAAGCAGACGCCCACGCGCGAAACCCUACGCCCGCCGCGGUAUUCGGCAUGGUCGUCAAAACGAAUAUGGUAGGGCAGGUGGAAGAAGGGAAGAGGAUGAUGUUGGGUUCAAGAAUCGAUGUGCCGAGUCUGCUUUUCGGCUUUGCGCCGCCCUCGGCAUCGGCACCUAACCCUUCGCCCCUCCAAUCCAGCUUUAGAGACCUCCACCUCUACCAUCCCUCCCCUUCCCCCUCCGUCUGCUCAACCCCAACCCAAACCAAAACCCUCGGCAAGCUCCUCCUCUCUUCCUGCCUCGGCAAACUUUUCCGCAUGGACGCCCCUUCCAAAGGCCGCGGCCCUGUCUGCCGUGGUCUAGCGACAGAUCUGAGGAGGAUCAAAGGAGAAGGGGUGAGGGCGUUGGUUUGUUGUUUGGAUGUUGAAGAGUUGGCUUUCUUGGAGGUGCCGUGGGAGACGUAUAGGGAUGUGGCGGUGGGGGCGGGAUUGGAUGUUAUUCGGUGA